CUUUGUUAAUGUACGCCCUGCAGCCCUCUAUAUAAGAUCUGUCAACAGUGCGAACAGAGCAGGUGUGAUUCGGUCGGUUUGAAGAUGCAGUUCUCCCCUGUGGUCGCGUCUCCGAAGCUGCUGCUGCAGCUCUGCAUCAGCACCCUGCACUGCAUUAUGGCGAGCAUCAUUUCAACAGUUUGUUACUGGACAGCAGGAGCCUGCAAGGGAACAACUUCACCCGUUCCACCUGUUGACAGCAAUCUGGAUCAAAGGAAAGUCCAAAAUGCGAUGACUCCAACAAGUGUCAACUAUCACUUUACACGCAAGUGUAAUUACAAAUGUGGAUUUUGUUUCCACACUGCAAAAACCUCCUUCGUCCUGCCUCUAGAGGAAGCCAAGAGGGGCCUCAAACUUCUGAAGGAAUCAGGCAUGGAAAAGAUCAACUUCUCUGGAGGAGAGCCUUUUUUGCAUGAGAAAGGAGAAUUUCUGGGGAAAUUAGUUCAGUUCUGUAAACUGGACCUCCAGCUCCCAAGUGUCAGCAUUGUCAGCAAUGGGAGCAUGAUCAAAGAAAAAUGGUUCCAGAAAUAUGGUGACUAUCUGGACAUCCUGGCCAUCUCCUGUGACAGUUUUGAUGAAGCAACCAACCAGCUAAUUGGCAGAACUCAGGGCCGUAAGAGCCACGUUGACAACCUUCACAAGAUUCGCAACUGGUGCCAGCAGUACAAAGUGGCAUUCAAGAUCAACUCGGUCAUCAACACCUUCAACAUGGACGAAGACAUGACGGAGCCCAUCACCCAGCUUAACCCAGUCCGCUGGAAGGUGUUCCAGUGUCUGCUGAUUGACGGGGAAAAUGCAGGAGAGGAAGCCCUGAGAGAGGCAGAGAGGUUCGUCAUCAGUGACCAACUGUUUCAGGAGUUUCUGGAUAGACACAGUAGCAUCUCCUGCCUUGUUCCGGAGUCCAAUGAGAAGAUGAGGAAUUCCUACCUGAUCCUGGAUGAAUAUAUGCGUUUCCUGGACUGUCGAGCAGGCAGGAAGGACCCGUCCAAGUCCAUCCUCGAUGUUGGUGUGAAGGAUGCCAUUAGCUUCAGUGGCUUUGAUGAAAAGAUGUUUCUAAAGAGAGGAGGGAAAUAUGUGUGGAGCAAAGCCAACAUGAAGCUGCAGUGGUGAAAAUCUGCAACUCCAUUUUGAUUUACCUUUGUUGAGUGAUUGCACUGAUAAUUUGUACAGUAUGAAUGUUUUUAUCUUUAUUUGUGUCUGUUAUUUUUAUAACUUAAUUUACAGCUUGGUUGUUGAAAAACAGUGUUAAGACAUGCUAAAUUCAAAGUCAGAUUUUUUGCACUUUGUUGUUUUGAUAGAUAGAUAGAUAGAUAGAUAGAUAGAUAGAUAGAUAGAUAGAUAGAUAGAUAGAUAGAUAGAUAGAUAGAUAGAUAGAUAGAUAGAUAGAUAGAUAGAUAGAUAGAUGAUUGAUUGAUUGAUUGAUUGAUUGAUUGAGAGAUAUAUUUUUGUUUCCUUGCACUGCAGAGCAAAUAUAAUUUAAUAAAAACAUUUUUCAUUAGAAAAAUUGUUAAAGUGUUUUAUUUUAUUUUUGUCAGCAUGUAGCACUCUAAAUUAUCAUGAAAAGCCACAUUGUUCCAUUAUGGCCAAUUAAAGGCCAGCCUGAAGGUGCUGGCAUAAGAUAAACAGCUAUAAGAUUAUGUAAUAAUUACAUUAUACAUCACUUUCGGGUUUAACAACUUCAAUAUAACUACAUUUUGUUCAUGAACAAUUUGUUUCCUUAAAUUUCAUCCCACUAUAUUAAUAAAUAAUAUAUAAUCAUUUGCACUGAUUUAAUUAAUAAACUUUAUUUAUACAGCACUUUUCAAAACAAAGUUACAAAGUGCUUUACAUGGUUGAACAACGAUUGGACUGCAAUGAGGCUAAUAAAAUCAAACAAUUAAAAUAAUACAAAAAUAAAAUGGAAUAUAAUACCCAACAAUAAUAUAAUAAUAUAGUAUCGUAUACAAUAUAGAUAAAAACAACAAUAAUAAUAAUAAUAAUACAAAUAAGACAUGUUGGAAAUAAAACAGUGUGCUAACAUUAAUUAAAAGCUUUUUUUAAAAGACAAGUUUUGAGAAGUGAUUUGCACUGAUUUGAUCUGCAUAACAGAGCAGACACUGGUCACACUGGCUCCUGUAAUAACAUGAGAGUUCCAUUAAAGUAAGUUGAAUAGAUGCCAUGAAUGACUUUGACAACUGAAAGGAAUUCUAACCUUGUAAUCCUCAAGUUGAGCAAGAACUAGUCCACCCACUCACUGUCAUGAGUUCAGUGUGUGGCCACUGCAUCAGGCACCCCAGCAGGUGCUGGGCCAUGCCAUUAUGUAGACAUUUUUAUCCUUGCUAAACUGAGCAGACUGGUCUGUCCUGUUAUCUAUACUGUUGGGGACAAGUCUCUACUUGUUUUAGAAACCUGGUAGACAACAGCUGUUACAAAGUACAUUCUAUUGUUCUACUUUGCCCUUUGUUGGUAAAUGGACAUUUUAUAUGGAAGUUCAAAUCAUGAGAGCUGUAGCAAUAUUUUGAUGACUGUCUCAGUCUUGAUAAGGGUUGGUGCACUGUGUAAACACCAAGGACAACAAUGGAAAUAAGUCCAGGACUUAUAUCAUUCUGUCCCUGAAAAAGUCUGUAUUGUCUUCUAUAAAUAUAACAAAAAACAAAAACAAAAACUUGCUCCAAACAUUUUCACGUGAGGUUAUACAUUACAUUUAGCAAAGGUUUCACUUCACUCUUGUGAGAGAUUAGUUUAAUGAAAUAAUAGUCAAACUAGACUGAACCUCAUUUUGCUGGGGACUCUCUGCAGACUUAAGGACCCCUGGAUUUCAGAAGGACCUACUCUAAGGGGUGGAUUCACUCAAAUUCACCCAAAAACUUUUUUUUUGUCUGUCUGUCUCUCUGUCUCCAUCCCAAAACAGUGGAGGCAAAUGAAAUGUAACUAUGUAAAAGUGACUAUGUAAAUUCCAUUCACCUCCAUUGUAUUGGGGUUGUAUUAGGCUAUUUGUCUAGGGUCUCAAAACCUGGGAAAUAACUAUCUGCAAACUACAGUAUCUGCAUGGCUAGAUACCACUACCCUAAAUUAUCAUGACAAGUCACCUUCUUUCAUUAUGGCCAGUUAAAGGCCAGCCUGAAGGUACUGGCAUAAGAUAAACAAGAUAUCUGCAUGGCUAGAUACCACUAGGGGGAGGUGAGAAAACAUGUUAUUUGCAAUUUGUACCGAAUCUUAUAAAAGCCGAUUGCAGUAUUUUGACAGCAGGGGGCGCUGUCGUUUGUGAAAAGGUGGUGGGCGCUGAGCUCUCCUUAAAGCGGCAGCGCAGGACGGCAGACUGGAAGCCUCUCACGCACAAAUGGCGUCUCUCCAGUGCGAGGCAGCUGAUUUCCCACUGAGCUCGGCAGCAGGAACGGCGGAGAGUGUUUCACCAGGACCUGAUCUCAGGCG